AUGCGCUACUUCCCCUUUAUUAGUAUCUUCUGGACCGUGCUUCUCUCAAUAGUAAUAUACCAGAAGAUAUCAAACGACGCAUUCUUCUACCAGAGAUGCGAAGAUGUAUGGGUCAAAGUUUAUUCUUCGCCAUGGUAUCCGCGAAUAGAGUUUACGGACUCUCCGUACUUCCCUGGUUGGGGUACUUGGCUCCAUCCUGAUCGACUGGAGAUACGGUUGACCAUACCGGAGAGAUUGAGAACAGUGCUAAAACCAUCAAGACACCUGACGAAGCGCGAACUUCUGUAUAAGUUAGGAGGGAAUGGGCCUUGGGUACAGAAGACCACUCAGGGAUCACCAGAUAAUCGCCCGCCGCAGUCUUGCAAAGUAGAGCAGGUGCAUAUGCUCUCUCGACACAGUGAAAGAUAUCCAACAUAUACCGCUGGAAGUCGACAUCUGGACCUUGUCAAACGAUUAAAAGCAUUAAACACUCCCCUGAACGGGUCAUUAUCAUUCUUUAACGAAUGGAACUACUUCACAAACAAUUCAGAGAAUGACUUUGAGCAACUCACUUCCACGGGUCCUUAUGCGGGUACAUUGGGAUCUUUUACAACUGGAAUACGUUUUCGCACACGAUAUGGUCAUAUGUUACCAAAGUCGGGAACAAAGAAGACGACGAGACUAUGGGCUAGUGAUUCGAAACGUGUUAUCGAUACUGCAAGGUAUUUUGCGGCUGGUCUGUUUGGAAUCGACUGGGAGAAAGACGACAAAGCCGAGGUGGAGGUUAUUCCCGAAACAAUGGAUCGAUAUACUGACACACUGACGCCGGGAGAUACUUGUCUUCAAUACAUUGAAGAUACUGUAUUAGGUCACGAUUGCGGCAGGAAUAUGUUAGAGAAAUUCCAAAACGCAUACAUCCCGCCUAUUGCGCGACGUCUGAUUGAUGAAGAAGGGAAUGAGGCGGUUGGGGAAUUUACUAAUCUCGAAAUCUACAGUAUGCAAGAGACGUGUGGCUUUGAGACUCUAGUAAGAGGGACAAGUCCCUGGUGCGAUGUCUUUACGAGCCGAGAUUGGGAUCAUUUCGAGUAUGCUAGAGAUUUGAUUCAUUUCUAUCGAGCUGGGCCUGGAAAUCCGUAUGCAGGGGCCAUGGGGUGGUUGUGGUUGAAUGCGACGUCUACAUUGUUAGAAAUUGGCCCUAAAGUGGGAAAAAUGUUCUUCAGUUUUGUACACGACGGCGACAUCGCGCCCAUGCUAACUGCACUCAACAUCUUUGACGACCCCAAAUAUGGAAAGUAUCUCCCAGUGACACGUAUUGCCGAAGAUCGAGUAUGGCGAAUGUCAACGGUCUUGCCCAUGGGUGGCAGGAUCAGCUUCGAACGACUCCAUUGUAAAGCCAAUAACGAGGGAGAAGAGUUCUUUGUAAGGAUAAACAUCAACGAUGACAUUGUACAAUUACCAAACUGUCAUACCGGGCCUGGAUCAAGCUGUCCGCUCGACCACUUUGUGAAAAUAGUGCAUGAAAGAAGAGAUCAGGUUGGGAAGUUUGGCGAGACUUGUGGGACAGAGGAGAAAGAAGAGACGGGGUUGACCUUCUUGAGACAGCCGGUCUAUGAUUCCUUGGAAGAUGAUGUUAGAAGUUCUUCAUCAAAUUUGUACUCAGUCAUAAAGAGCACGGAUCAAAACCGUCAAAAUUGCUAG